AUGUCGACAUCCACGGGCGCAGACAGGCGUGGACACGUCCGGGGAGAUUCUAUCGCACAGAAGCGGACUGGCGCAGGAGCGAGGGCGCCCAGCAGCCCGAAGAGAGGCGCGGGAGGAUUCGAUGGCGUCGCGGUUCGAGGUGGGGAGGGUCGAAGCGGAGGCCCGACGGCGGGCUUCACGAUCCGCCCCAGGCUCGCAGUCCGCCUCAUUGCCGGCUCUCUCAUCCUCUUCGCCGUCCUGCACUUCGGCCCGUCCCUCAUGUCGCCCUCCGCCCAGUCCAUCGCAGCGCAGGCAAAGCACCGCAAACAGGCCAUGGCCGGCUCGGGCGAGUCGUGGAUCUUGCCGCGAAAAUGGCGCGACAUUCAGGCGGGCGAGGGAGACGUGACGCUGAAUGGCGAGACUUUGCCCGUCUGCAAGCGCGUCAUGCUCUUCAAGUUCGGCAACUCGCACGGGUUCAGUAGCGAGAUGCUGCAUUACCUGCGGGCGGGUGUCAUCGCGCAGAAGCUGGGCUACACCCUGCUGGGCGAUGAUUCUGGUUGGAAUUACGGCUCGAUCACCGACUACUUCCUCCCUCGCGCGAUCUACUGUCGACCACCUGUUGACUGGUUCUCGCCCGACGUCGCGACAAAAGUCGGCACUCGUCGCUGGCAAGGCAAAGACCGAGUCUGGCUGAGUCGCGAGCAGGAAGUCGAGUCGGACGAGUGGGUACGGGACGAGAUGCUCGACCCGAACGCAGUCGAGGAACUCCGCACCCGUUCGCUCGGGCACAUCCUUCCGGAGGGCGAGACUCUCCCUCCCGCGCUUGAGGACUCGUUCUCCGACUUCUCCACCGCCCUGCGCGAGGUCUGGCGGCCGAACGACCACCUCGCGACGUUGAUUAGGCGGCAGCGGAUGGAGCUGGGUUUAGGAGGCGGCGGCCUGCGGCACCGCAAGCACUCGCCAACCUGGGGCGGGCGCAAACUCGGCUCAAAUGCCGCCGCGGUCGAAUCGCAGUCUGCGGAGGAAGAGGAGGAAGAAGAGUGGGAGUACAGCGUGUCGCGCCGAUCUGACCGCGGGCCGGUCGUCGGCGUUCACCUGGCAGGAGACAGGCCGCGGGUAGACCUGUCGAUCUACGGCAUCCAGAGACAGCGGGCGGGCAACCUCAGCGCGGUCUUCGAGGGCGUCUCGGAUGCUGUGCGCCGCCUCACGCACUCGUCGAUGGCUUCGCCCAGCUACUCCCGCUCGAGGCCGACCAUCUUCCCUCCGACUGCGACACCUACCCUCGUCGCACUCACCAGCAACGCCACCCUCUUCUCCCUCUUCACCUCCGACUCGUCCGCCGUCUCGUACAACGUCCUUCGCACCUCUCCUCCACCCUACGACGAGCUCAAGCGGUACAACGACAUCCUCCGACUCGAGUUGACGCCCGACCUCGCCGCGCCGAAGGGCAGCGCCAACAAGCUCUUGAGAGAAUGGGAUCAGGCGGUCUGGAACCGUGAUGUCCCCAAGCCGCUCAAGGUGCUGUUGACGCAGUACUUCCUGCGCGACUUGACCGUCUUGAGCCAGCACGCCGACGCGUUCGUCGUCUCCGGCGCCUCUCCAACCGGCCGCCUCGCGAUCCUCCUCUCAGGCGAAGACGGCGCGAUCGGGCCUCGCGACUUCCAUGGCGGCUCGUUCGGCGGGCGUGUGAGGAGUAUCGACGGUUUCUGGGUACCGACAGGGAAGGCCAAAGCGUUGUAUGGCUGA